AGCUGCCGGAACGGGUGGUCCUGGACCCUGUGCCAGCGUUGGAGGUCGGGCAGAGCCACAACCUGACGUGCCACGUGGUGGAGGUGGCACCUCUGAGGAACCUGACGGUGACGUUGCGCCGCGGAGAGGAGACUUUGAGGACCCAGAAGUUUGGAGGUGCAGAGGGCAGUGCCAGCGUGGUGGUCAGUCAUCUGCUGCCCGUCAGCCGCCAGGACCACGGGCAGGACGUCACCUGCCACGCUGAGCUGUCCCUCAGGCCACACGGGCCACUCUUCGCCCGCGCCGCCGUGCCCGUCACGCUCUCCGUGUUCG